GAGUCAUCAGAUUAAGUCGGUGUUUCUUUGGGGGCACAGAGAGAAAGACACGGGACUCCAUUUUCAAGGUUAAUCAUUAAUGAGCUGCUAGUCCUCACUAUGUAUUGAUGAGCAAAGGGGCCUAUUUCUCUUCUUCCAGUGCUUUCAUCACAUGAAAUUGGCCUCUCUUUUGUGUGAAAAAGGCAAAAAGAUGAGAAGCAUCCUGGGCCUCUCACUUCUGUUACUUUCUGGUGUCGUUGCUUCUCAUGGGAAUCCAAAGAGCAGGAAGAAAGGGCCACAAGUGCAGUCAGUUCAGAGGACUGCCCACCACCACUUCCAGACCAAGUUCCUGCUGUACUCAAAUACUGCUGAAGAAGGCUGCCUGAUCGAAUUUAACCAGCUGGUCACUCUUGAGAAAUGUCGUUUCAAUGCCUCCCUUCCUUUGGUGAUGAUAGUCCACGGAUGGUCGGUGGAUGGAAGACUAGAAGGGUGGAUUUGGCAGCUGGCUGAAGCGCUGAAAUCGAGGCUGACGCAAACCAAUGUGAUCAUCACUGACUGGCUCACCCUUGCCCUUGAGCACUACCCCAUUGCUGUACAGAACACCCGCCGCAUUGGCCAAGAAAUAGCUCGGUUCCUGGAAUGGCUGGAGGAAUCAGUCCAGUUUUCCAGAGGCCGCGCUCACCUGAUUGGAUACAGCCUCGGAGCUCACGUCUCGGGCUUUGCCGGCAGCUACAUUCGGGGCACAAAAAAGAUUGGCAGAAUUACAGGCCUUGAUCCUGCGGGCCCUCUCUUUGAAGGCAUGUCCCCAAUGGACCGUUUAUCACCAGAUGAUGCCGACUUUGUGGACGCCAUCCACACAUUCACCCAGCAGCACAUGGGCAUCAGUGUUGGCAUUGAGCAACCCGUCGCUCACUUUGACUUCUACCCCAAUGGGGGAAAUUUUCAGCCUGGAUGCCACAUCAUGCAUGUCUACAAUCACAUAGUACAGUAUGGGAUUACAGGACUGGCUCAGACAGUGAAGUGUGCCCAUGAAAGGUCAGUCCACCUGUUUAUUGACUCCCUGCGACAUGACAAUGAGCAAAUUAUGGGCUACUGGUGCAAAGACAUGCAGAUGUUUGACAAGGGACGGUGCCUCAGCUGCAGGGCCAAGAGGUGCAACAUCCUUGGUUACCAUAUCCAGAAGGAGAGGGUCCUUGGCAGCCGGCGGCUAUUCCUGAAGACACGAGCCCAGAUACCUUUCAAAGUUUAUCACUAUCAGUUCAAGAUCCAUUUCAUCAACGAAUUCAAAGAGAGACAAAUUGAUCCAACGUUCACUAUCUCACUGACAGGCAGCAGAGACGACGUUGAAAACCUCUCCAUAACUUUAGUCGAAGGCAUUACUGGGAAUAAAACAUACACUUUCCUUGUUCCUCUGGAAAUUGAUAUCGGUGAGCUGAUGAUGAUCAAGUUGAAGUGGGAAGGAAUUGCAAUUUGGGAAAACAUUUGGAACACUGUUCAAACCAUCAUCCCAUGGAGAAAGGGGGACCGUCGGCCAGGACUUAUCAUGGAGACGAUACGAGUCAAGGCAGGCGAAACUCAACAGAAAAUGACAUUUUGUUCUCAAAGCGUCGAUAAUUUGCACCUCUACCCAGGCCAGGAGAAAAUGUUUGUUCGAUGUGAAGUCAGCUCCCAGCGGCUCAGGUGAGGAUACAGAUCAGCAAGAACCCAGAAGAAUUGGUUCUGCUCUUCAGUUCCUUUCAAGCUGUACCUUUUCUGUGUGUUAUUUCUUAACAUAUAUAAGAUGAGGUGGGGAAAGGCAUAAAAACCCUGCUGGAUCCAAAUCUACAAUAGUUUCCAUAUAUCCAGGAGAAGGUUGAUUACAGAAAUAAAGGCUGAAUAGACUGUGAAAUAACCUAAAUCAGCUGUUAAGUAGCCAAGAUUAUGCAUAUUUUAUAGAUUGCUGCAGAGCAUGGAUUUUGCAUUGUCAACUCUAUUAAUAAAGCAAUAUACAAUUUUACACAAAAAAAAAUCUGGUCUGAUCUGGUUGGAAAACUUUAACAGCACUUUGAUGCAGGCUAAAGGUCGAGGAUAAUUUUUCCCUAUUUCUUAGAGGAUGAGAUCUCACAAGUAACAAGAAUUGUUCCAUGUUUAUUGACACAUUAAAAUUAAAUCCUAAACCGUGUCCAUACUUUUAAAAUGUUGAACGUGGUUACAUUUUGAUGCAACAACUUUAGAGAAUGGAUUUAGUUCAGGCGCCAUCCUUCCUAUACUGCACUGGCGGCGGCUGAAGGGAGUUGUAGUCCAAAACAUCUGGAGGGCACCAGGGUGGUGAGAUCUGAGUUAGUUUAUAAAAGCUGCUCUUCAAGAAGACCAUGCCAAAAUAGGGCACCGUCCACUAGGGCAUUCUCCUGUGCAAACCCCAUUGAAAUGAAAGGGCAUUAUACAAACGUAUUACUGUACAGAUGGACUGCAUAGAUGACAAUGUACACACUUUGCUAUGGAAGGGAGAGUCCCAUAAAAUUGCUUCAACAAAAUGCUGGAAGGUGCCUUUGGAAUUUGCUAUGUCUCUGCCUUCUAGACAACAGGGCUGGCCUCAAGGUCUUUUUCUGCUUGAAGGAAAGGGCAAAAUGGUGCUCUUUCCAGUGCCACAUAUAUUAGCUGACUGGACUGGCAGCUGCAUCUUCCACCCAUGGUGGUAAUGGGACAGCAUCUUCCACUGCACCCCACACGGCUACCCUCCAGCACCUUGUGCUGCUGUUCCCUGCCCCCAGUAUCUGCUGUCUGAAGUGGCCACCGCACUGAUAGGGCCAGCCCUGCUAGACAACUGGGGAAAAUAUACUGUUUGCGUCCUUCAAGCGGGAAAGCCAUUCCAUUAGCCAUACCAGCCAUAGUAAAAUGAAGUCUUCCAUCUCAAGCUUAACACUGGUGUGAAAGUUAGUCUUGACUUUUGUGGUCAUAAAAUGUGUUGGGAUUAUGGCCUAUAAUCCUAAAACACUUUAUGGGCACAAAAUCAAUACGCCAGAGAAAAGCAGAAUUUUUACUUAUUGUGAAUUGCUGUUUGCAGACUGGAGUGGAGGAGGCUCUGUUGCCAGAGAAGCUCCUCCCUCUGGGAGUGAUAGGCAGGGUCUAUUCCAAUCUUUUGCUCCCUCUCCUGGGGGAGCAGCCACCCCUGUCACCAGAAUAAUUGGCAGAGCAGGACGACUCCUCAACCCCUCACACACACACAAAACUCACCAAACAAACGUGGAAGAAAACCCCAUAACCACAACUGCAGAUGACCAGGCUCAAAAACCAGAAACUCAGAAGAGGCCCAGUCAUAAACCACUCCAACCCAGUGAUCAACUGCACAGAACAGCUCCCAUUAAGCAGGGGAAGUGAGAGGCAGGCCAAUUGUUCUCCCCUCCAGUCUGCAAACAGCAGUUCAUGGUAAAUAAAAUUUCUGCUUUUGCCAGACUGGAGGUCACUGUGUUGACAGGGAUGUUACAGAGCAGUCCCACCCAAGGGAUUCCUCUGCAACAUGCGAACAGCUCACUGCAAAACCCUCCUUCCAAAUGCAUCAUCACUUAAGAAAACACAUCUACCCAAUAGUGCUUACUGAAGGUGUGCACUGAGGCCCAUGUAGCCGCCUUACAGAUGUCAACAAUGGGAAAGCCCCCUCACUCCCCACAGUGAAUGGGCCAACACCCCUGGUGGCGGCUGCUCACCCAUGGCCUCGCAGGCUGCCCCCAAUUGCCUCUGCCAGCCACUGAGCAAUAGAAGAAGUGGAAACUUGAUUGCCAGCUGAAGGCCCUGCAAAAGAAACAAACAGGAAUUCCGAUUUUCUGAUUUCCUGGGUUCUGUUCAAGCAGAACUGCAGGGCAUGACAGAUGUGCAGGGCGUGCCGCUUCCUUACCUGCAAACAGGAAGGACUGGGACAGAAUGAGAGCAACACCACCUCCUAGGAAUGGAGAAAUAACGAGAUGACCUUCAAAAUGAAGGAGGGAUCAGGUGGCCACACCACCUUAUCUGAAUGAAAAAUGCACCGCUGAGGAUUAGCAGAUGGCACCCAGCUCUGAAUUGAUAGCCACCAGAAACACCAUCUUGAGAGUCAGCAACUUAAGAGAGCAAGUCACCAUGGAUUCAGAAGGCAGGCCCAUCAAAGCAUUAAGAACCCAAAUUAGGUUCCAGUUAUGGAACCUAUGAACCACGUUUUGCAACUUAAGACUCACCCCUUCAUGAACCAAUUGUAUAAAGGGUGCAAAGAAACCACCAGACCCCUGAGACUGGCCAAAAUGCUGCUCAGUGUCAUGAGCCAUGCAGGGAGGGGGCAGAUAGACGAGCGCGAAACAGAGGAUGAGGACUUGGACUGGGAACCCGGGGAGGGGGCAGACAGCAGGAUGGACUCACAUGCCGCCCCAGCCCCCAUCUUGGACAGCUCAGCCCCCUCAGCUCCGGAUCCCCUGUGGAAGUGCCACCUAGCGCAUCUGACACUGGACAAGCCACUGCUGCCGCCGCUGCUGCCGCCGCUGCCACCAGAGACUCAGACGUGCAUGUCAGACUUUUCCCAGCCGAGUGCUGCCCAGCUUCCCGCACUCAAACUGACAGUUAGCAGCCCCCCUGUGUCAGAGGAGGAAGCUGAGAUCAAGCCACCUUCGCCCUGUGCAUGGAGGUUUAUGGGGCAGGAAGUUCAACAGACUGAGCUGAGGCGGAGUCUUCAUUUGCACGAGCGAACCAAGCCUACUUAAGCGGACCCGGUUGCUCAGUCAACAUCUUAGAGUUGCAAAGUCAUGCUUAGUUAGAGCUAGAGCGGAGCUGAGUUCCUAGAAAUAGUUAGGUUAAUGAGGCAAGCUGCUUUGGAUGUAUCUAUUCUUUUAAUAAAAAGAAAAAGUCUGAGUCUGAAUCCCUCGACUUCGGGCAGGACACUCAGCACUGCUGCUUGGCAUUUGAUGGUGCUGCAGCUCAAGCCCUUCUCCACUUCUUCCUGGAGAGAACCAAGCAGGUCGUUAACAUCUGGAGAGGUGGGGUCCACACCAAUCAUGGUACACCAAGACAGAAACGCCACGUUGCUGAGUACACCCAUUGAGGGUUCCAAUGAGGGAUGCCUGGCAGGAGGAGAGCAGGUUGUCAAGAACACCUGCAGAAAAACCCAGCCAGCCCCUUUCAGCCUCCAGGCUGCCAGCUGGAAGAGGUCUAGCCAUGGGUGAACCACUAGGCCCUGCUGAAGCAGGUCCUCACUCAUUGGAAUCCUCCAAGGCUCCCAUGUAGAUUGAGUAGAUCCAGAAACCACGGGCACUGAGGCCAGUAAGGUGUUAUCAGAAUCACCUCCGCCCUGAAUUGAUGCACCCUUUGUAAUACACACUGAAACAAUGAGAAGGAUGGAAACACAUAGAGGAGCCCCUUGGACCAGGACAUCUUCAGUGCAUCUACCCUCCAUGCAUUCUUGCAUGGAAACAAAGAUGAAUGCCACCACUUGUGUGUUUUCUGCAGUGGUGAACAGAUUCAUUACUGGGUGGCCCAGUUGAUCUGCCACCUGGGCAAAGACUUGAAGGUGAAGCUGCCACUCUGAUUCCCUGAUGGAGGGUCUGUUGAGCCAGUCUGCCAUCAGGUUGUCCACCCCAGCCAGAUGUUUGGCCCAAAGGGACAGGAGGUGGGACUCUGCCCAGCACAGAAGCCUGUUGACCUCCAAGAUGUGAGGCCUUGAAUGAGUCCCACCCUGAUGGUUCACAUACCCUUUGCCGAAGUGUUGGAGGUAUGAACCAGCAGGUGGGCCCCUUGGACAUAUACCUGAAAGGAGAUCAGUCCCAAUCAAAUGGCCAUCAACUUCAGGCAGUUGAUACCCAUCUGCAUCUCCCGGCUGCUCCAGAUGCUUUACACCACCUUGCUUCCCAAAUGGGCUCCCCAUCCAUACAGACCGGUGUCGGUGGUGAGUACCAACUGCUCAGGAUACUCCAGGCUCACACCGUUGAGCAGACUCUGUGGGAACAGCCACCACUUCGGAUCCCUGUGCAGCCUGUCUGGAAGAAUCACCUCCAAUUUUGCUCGUCACAUGAUUUUUUCUUGGAAGGACAGGAUAAUCUGCUGAAGGAAACAAGAAUGGUUCUGAGCCCAUGGAACCAGACCAUAAUAAGAGACCAUUAUAGCCUGUAGCUGAGCCAGGGUCAUGAGGUCCAGUGACUGCGAUGCAACUGCCAGCUCUACCAAUCGUAACACCUUCUGGACCCGCUCCGGAGUCAGAAAGAUCCAAAACCAAUUUGUGUCCAGAAUCAUUCCCAAGUGUGUCAGAGAUUGCAUGGGAGUCAGGGAGCUCUUCUCCAUGAUGACUACAAAACCCAAAUACUACAGACAUCAAAGAGUCACUUGUGUGUCCUAGAGAUACUGUUCCCAAGAGGGAGCAAGAUAGUCCAGAUAGGGAUGAAAAUGGAUCCCUCUGGUGCACAGGUAGGCGACCAAGGCCACCAACACCGUGGUGAACACCAAAAUGCAGAAGCUGGGACCCCACUGGAAGCUGAUCCAGAGUCCUGGUUGUGUGAAGUGGAGGCAGCCUUCUUGGCACUCUUGGAAAAAGGAUGAGGAUGAGGAUGAGGAAGAGUGUCAUCCCCAGCCUGUUUGGAGCAGGACUAUCCCCUCCCACCACCAAGUCUACCCUAGCGGGAUUUGAAUUGAAAAUACCCCCUGGGCUUGGCAACAUAAUUAGUUUGACAUCCCUUCUGGUCAUCCUUUUUAACUGAAGGGAGUGCCUUUUUCUUGUCCAUCUCCACUAAGUGCUUUUCCAGAUGUUCACCAAAAAGCUGAGAACCAGCAAAAUGCAGGCCAAUCAGCAUCUGCUGAGAAGCCUGAUCAACCUCCAACUGAUGUUCCUCCUAGCCACUGUAGUAGCUGCCACUGACCUGGUUGAAAACUGGAGUGCAUCCAGUGAAGCAUCCGCCGACAAGGCUGAAACUUGAGAAAUCUUUUUCAUAGAAUCUUUGAGACUAAGAAACAUCAUCCAUUGCUCCCAACUCCUCAGCCCACAAGAAAAUUGCCCUGGCAAAAAUGAAGGAUGUAGCAGCAGCUCUAAAGGCCACUGCAUCCACCUCAAAACUAUGCCAAAGGGUCCCCUCUAUUCUGUCUUGACUCGCCUAUAUGAUGUUGUGUGAAGCCUAAAAUGAGUCAGGCUCUUAUGCUUUCUGAAGUGUUAGCUGAGGCUAGUAAGUUUUGUUAUGUUUUGUCUGUGUGAACCUCUCACUGUUUUAUGUAAGUGUUGACUAUGCCUAGACCUGUUAAGGGUGUUUGGGUUUAAAGGAAGUUGUAUGCUGCUCUUUUUAUAUGCACAUUUAAUAUAUUUAAUAAACUACCUUCUAUUA